AUGGCUAACCCUUCCAAUGUCCUCCCAUCCUCUGAUAUUACCUCGCCCGAUGCCGUUUUCCAUAUCAAAAUUUACUAUUGCCAUUGUCCUGUAUCGCCUUGCCCUUUGAAUACAAUGCCAACAGACGACCAUCUAGAGUUAAACCAAACUUUCAGGUUCACCCAAAAACAGUUAAUAAUGGAUCCAGAAGGUCCUAGAUUCAUAUCCGAAAAACUAUCUACAAUGGGACUGCAACCAGAAGUGAUCGAAUCUGGAAUAUCUCAAAUUAUGAGAAUAGCGAGAGAGUCAGCGAAAAACGAUGCUCCUGAAGAAAUUCUCACAAUUAGGAUAUUACUUCACUAUUCUCCGAACACAGACUCUGAUUCUGAAAUACUAGAAGAGUCAAUGGAAGAUUUUCCAAGGCCUAUUCCAGCCAGUAAAGAAGCUAUUCAAAAUUUGGAAAAAGCGAGCUUUCUAGCUAUUUCGGAGUCAAUGAGGGAUUGCACAAUUUGUUCUGAAAAGUUUUGUGCGAAUGAUGGCCUCAAUCAGAUUGUGCAGAUGCCUUGCGGCCAUGUUUAUCAUGAAGGCUGCAUUAUCAAGUGGCUGGAAAUUAGUAAUAUGUGCCCCUUGUGCAGGUACCGGUUGCCGACAAGUUACAAGAAUUCGGCUACUUGA